AUUGCAAAAUCUGUAAUUUACGUGCCUGCAAUGUGGGUUAGGGCCUAAACUAGCACACAGAUACAUAUAUAAACACAUAACGAGACAACAAAAUAGACACAAAUUCACACAUGCCAGUUAAAAGACUGCAGCAACAACAGCAGCAGCAGCAACAACAACAACAGCGAAAAUCUCAUAGUGGGCAAAAUGCUUGGGCUGCAAGGGAAAAAACUAACGGCAUAAUGCAACAUUAAGCAAAAUGCUGCUGCUGGCCCUGCUAAAGCUAAAGCAAAGCCCCAACCAACAACAACAACAACCACCAGCAACAACAACAACAACAACAGUCGUCGUCGUCGUCGUCGCUGGAGAGUCAGAGUCACCGUUACCACGUUACGUUGCUGUUGCCGUAGCCGUAUAAAAUGGAACCCUCAUAUGAUCACGAACAUCCACAUCAUCUGCUAACAAAUUACAACGCUAAAAAGUAUCCGCUGGUGUCGCGCACGCCGGAGUACAGCCACUCCACGGUGGGCAGCGAUUAUCCGGAGCAUGGCAGCUACUUGAACGACGGACGAAUGCUGCACGAUAGUCCCAGCGAUGGCAUCUACCAUGUGCGGCAGGGCAGCGAGCACUCCUCGCCCAGUCUGCACUCUCCGGCCAUACAAACAUCGGGCUAUGAUAAUGAGCACAGUCACAGUCACUCGCCGAUGGUGUCCAGUGGAUAUGGCGUGACUGGCACUGGCGGCGCUGCAACGCUUAUAAGCAGCAAUAUACCGUUGCUGGGAGGUGGCAGCGGCACGACGGUGCUGAACAAGUUUCUGUCGCAUCCGGGUCUGAUGGCUGUGCAGGAGGAAUGCGUGGAGCCGGCGGCAUCCAUGUGGAGCUAUGACUACAAGGGCGACAUUUGUGCGCCCAACUGCGGCUAUCUGGAGCGGCACAAGGCGCUGCCCCGAGCUGGCGGCAAUCAGUCAAAAAGUGCCAAAGAGUCACGCAUACGCCGGCCAAUGAAUGCGUUCAUGGUGUGGGCCAAGAUCGAGCGCAAGAAACUGGCCGAUGAGAAUCCCGAUUUGCACAACGCAGAUCUAAGCAAAAUGUUGGGCAAAAAAUGGCGCUCGCUAACGCCGCAGGAUCGUCGUCCGUAUGUGGAGGAAGCGGAGCGUCUGCGUGUCAUACACAUGACCGAGCAUCCCAACUAUAAGUAUCGCCCACGCCGACGCAAGCAGUCCAAGCUGCGCACACUGCAGCCGGGCGGCAAGGACAGCACCGCUGAUUCCCCAGCCAGCGCCAAAGCUACGCCCAAUAAGCUGUCGGCAGCAACGCCGCCUUUGACCAGCGCCAGCUACAAUACGCCCACCGAUGAUAGCCGCAAUUCGACGCCACAAAAUGUGGGCGCGCUCUAUGAGCAGCCGCUUAAGCCCAGCUACUCGCCCAGCUCCGUAGAUUGCUACAGCAAUGCCGAUAGCACGGAGCAAAUCGAAGCGCUGGCCGCCACUUGCAACGAGGCGCAGGCAGCAGCCAAUCAAAGCUACGAGAGCUCGUUGCUGUUGAAGAAACUCACAAAGCCGCCGGCAAGUCGUGCCAGCAAAAAGUCCAGCAAGGCAGAGGACAAAGCCAAGGCGACGCAGCAGCAGCAGCAGCAACAGCAGCAGUCAACAAACUUGUAUGCCUCAUAUCCCUUGGCCAGCUCGGUAGCAGUAGUGGCCGCACGUGGCAUGUAUGUGACUUGCAACAAUCGCGGGCUCUUAGAUCAUGGACACUCUGUCAAAGGCACUUUCUAUCCGCCAGUGUCCAGUGCGGAUGAUGAAACGAACAGCAGCAGCAGCAGCAAUUUACGCGCCAGCAACUUGUUGCAGCAGCAGCAACAACAGCAGCAGCAACAACAACAGCAGCAGCAGCAGCAACAACAUUGCAGCAGCAGCAGCAGCAACAAUAACACAGAGCUCAACAGCUAUACGCUGGCCAUGAGCAUGAACGAGCUGGGCGGCGGCGGCGCUGUGAGCAACGAUUACCUGCCACAAGUGAAUGCCAAUGCGUAUGGAAUGCAGUAUGAGGAUUUUCUGCGCUACCAGAGCAACGAGCUGGACUAUGAGCAGCAGCUGAAGGAGAGCACCGAGAAGUGCGCCAAGUAUCCGGACACAAAUCAAAACUACGAUGACUAUGAGGCGGAGGCAUACAACAAUGCCAUGUUAACAGCUGCAGCGCCGCCACAUCCACCACCGCCCACUAGCAGCAGCUACUAUACGCAGCUUCCGUAUACGCACUUCCCGCUGCAGCUGGCGGUGCCGUUCCAGCAAAGUACAAGCGCUAGUGGCUCCUAUGCCGCCGCGCAGUCCAUGCAGAGCACUUAUCUGCCCUAUAAGCAUACUAUUAUGAUGCGAAUGUACUGCCGCAGCAGCUGCUCCCACAGCAGAGCAGCGCUACAGCCACAACCACAACAACAGCAACAGUGGCGCCACAUCUGGCCAUGCAACAUGUUCAGCCGCUUACGCACCCGCAUGCACACACGCAUCCACAUCAUCAUGCACACCAUCAUUUUGCAGCCAAUGGCAAUGAGUUGCUCUUUGAGAAUCCUCCGCAGCAUCAGCAUGCGCAGCCGGGACGCAAGGACGACGAGAUUAGCAACAUCCUGGCGGGCGUGCGCAAGACCUGCUUUAGCAAUUGACCCUUGGCGGGCUGGCGUCUGUAUUCCGGAUAUUGUUAAAUUUGCGCAACAUUGGUUUAGGUUCACUUAAGCUUAAUUACGCUCUCUUUUUAAAUUGUACAUUAAAUGUAUGUAGCUUGCUUUUUAACAUUAAU